CGGCCAUCUUGGAUCUCUGAGGAGAGGCGGCAGCGGGCUGCGGAGAUCCGGGCGGCUCAGGCAGGCAGGCAGGCGGGCGGGGCUGGGGCGGCAAGAGACUGUGAAGGGAGAUCGCAGUUCCCCACCCGAGGCCUCUUCCAUGAUCUGCACCUGUGACCCUCCGCUGCCUGUCCUCCACUCCUCUUCCAGGGCGGCUGGUGCCGGGGUGUGGAGGCCCCGGCGCUGAAACCUGAGGCGAGGAAGAGGAGCAGCAGCGGCCGGAGGAGUGCGAGGCUCGCGGGGGCUCGGGAGAGCCUGGCAGCCUCCCCUCCCCUGCCCGGCCCGGCCCUGCCCUUUCCACAGCCGCCGCCUCUGCCCGUGCUGCUUCCUGCCGGGCUGCCCAGCCCGGGAGCCGGGACGGACCUUAGAGACCCCCUAUCCCAGCUCCGCCUCGCCCUCCGCUGCCCUGCCCUGGGCACCGCUCUCCUCCCAGGACUUUCCCACGCCUGAAGCCUCCCCGCCCCUCCAGCUGCACCGGGGCGGGGAGGGGGAGGGGGGUCGGUGUCCGGUCGCAGACUCGGGGGGUGGGGCAGCGAAAGCAGCAUGAAGCCCGGAACCUGCCCGGGGAAUCAUUCGGCCAAGCCGGGGAUCUAGACCACUGUGCGGGGGGAGGGAGAAGGAAGCCACCCUCCCCCAUGGUGCCCCUUCAGAACCACUACUGAGACUGUCCUGUGGCCACCGGACCGGCGAGCCUUGAUUCUUUCUUCUUGUAGUCUUGUUUUUUCGGGCGUCCUUUUUGUUUCUUUCCUUUUUUGUUUCUCUUUUCUUUCUUUUUUUUUUGUUCUCCAUUGUGGGGAAAAAAAUUAAAAGUGAAUUAAAAUGUCCACUAGGACCCCCUUGCCAACGGUCAUUGAGCGAGACACUGAAAACCACACAUCUCAUGGAGAUGGACGUCAAGAAGUUACCUCUCGAACUGGGCGCUCUGGAGCUCGAUGUAGAAACUCAGUAGCUUCCUGUGCAGAUGAACAACCUCAUAUUGGAAACUAUAGACUUCUGAAAACAAUUGGCAAGGGAAAUUUUGCAAAAGUGAAACUGGCAAGACACAUCCUUACAGGCAGAGAAGUUGCAAUUAAAAUAAUUGACAAGACUCAGUUGAAUCCAACAAGUCUUCAGAAGCUCUUCAGAGAAGUAAGAAUAAUGAAGAUUUUAAACCAUCCAAACAUAGUUAAGUUAUUUGAAGUUAUUGAAACUGAAAAAACACUGUACUUAAUCAUGGAAUAUGCAAGUGGAGGUGAAGUAUUUGACUAUUUGGUUGCACAUGGAAGAAUGAAGGAAAAGGAAGCCAGAGCUAAGUUUAGACAGAUAGUAUCCGCGGUACAGUACUGCCACCAAAAGCAUAUUGUUCACAGGGAUCUUAAAGCUGAAAAUCUAUUGCUAGAUGCAGAUAUGAACAUUAAAAUAGCGGACUUUGGUUUUAGUAAUGAAUUUACUGUUGGAAAUAAACUAGAUACAUUUUGUGGCAGUCCUCCAUAUGCAGCUCCAGAACUCUUCCAGGGCAAAAAAUAUGAUGGACCUGAAGUGGAUGUUUGGAGUCUAGGUGUUAUUCUUUACACUCUUGUGAGUGGUUCUCUUCCUUUUGAUGGACAAAACCUAAAGGAACUGAGAGAGAGAGUAUUAAGAGGGAAAUAUAGAAUUCCUUUCUACAUGUCCACGGAUUGUGAAAAUCUCCUCAAACGUUUCCUGGUGCUAAAUCCAACCAAAAGAGGCACACUAGAGCAAAUCAUGAAGGACAGGUGGAUCAAUGCAGGGCAUGAGGAUGAUGAACUUAAACCAUUUGUAGAACCAGAGCUAGACAUCUCAGACCAGAAAAGAAUAGAUAUUAUGGUGGGAAUGGGAUAUUCACAAGAAGAAAUUCAAGAAUCUCUUAGUAAAAUGAAAUAUGAUGAAAUCACAGCCACAUAUUUGUUGUUGGGCAGAAAAUCAUCAGAGCUGGAUGCUAGUGAUUCAAGUUCCAGCAGCAAUCUUUCACUUGCUAAGGUUAGGCCAAGCAGUGAUCUUAAUAAUAGCACGGGACAAUCUCCUCACCACAAAGUCCAAAGAAGCAUUUCUUCAAGCCAGAAGCAAAGACGAUACAGUGAUCAUGGUGAAGGCCUCUCUUGUACAAAAAAGGAUGUAAUUCAGUCAAAUUUCCAAGCUGGACCAUCCAUUCCUCCAGUUGUGGCAUAUCCCAAAAGGAGUCAGACCAGCACUACAGAUAACGACCUUAAGGAAGAAGGAAUUCAGCCAAGGAAAUCCAGCAGUAGUGCUGUUGGAGGAAAGGGAUUAGCACCAGCUAGUCCCAUGCUGGGUAAUGCAAAUAAUCCAAAUAAGGCAGAUAUUCCUGAACGGAAGAAAAGUGCCACUAUUCCUAGCAAUAAUUCAACAUCUGGUGGGAUGACACGAAGAAAUACUUACGUUUGUAGUGAAAGGACUACUGCAGAUAGACAUUCAGUGAUUCAGAAUGGCAAAGAAAACAGCCUGACAGAAAUGUUCGCUUAUGCAGCUAGUCCUGCCUCAGUUUGUACCACAUCUUCUACCUGUAUUCGGCUGAGACAUCAGAAGUCGAUGUCCAUGUCAGCCUCUGGGCAGCCCAAGAUGAUGUUACCUCCAAUAGACAGUGAAGGAGAUAACUUCAAGGAUAUCACUGUUCCUGAUCAGAGGACUCCAGUUGCUUCAACACAUAGUAUCAGCAGUGCAACUACUCCUGAUCGAAUCCGCUUCCCAAGAGGAACUGUCAGUCGUAGCACUUUCCAUGGCCAGCCCCGGGAGCGGCGAACAGCAACUUACAAUGGCCCACCGGCAUCACCCAGCUUGUCACAUGAGGCAGCUCCUCUUUCUCAGACCAGAAGUAGGGGUUCCUCUAAUCUUUUUAGCAAAUUAACAUCAAAACUCACAAGAAGGAAAUCUGAAAGCCAAAAUCACACCUCAAAGGAUUCCCCCAGUGAGGUGCUGCUUUGAAACUACAUUUGCCUCCUGGUGGGUAUAUAUAUUCAAGCUUUUCUAUCCACACAGACUUUCCUGUUUGUCUGCUCUUCUAGGCAAGGGUUCAUCUCUUGGUCUCUUAUAUUGCCACUUUGAUUUUUAUGUGACCUGUGUUGUUUAAGAUGUGUGCUGAAUCCUUUAAUGUCAUAGGUCUAGAUCGUCAAUCCAAAACGUAGGUCAUAGGAUUCAUACUUGGAAGGGACCUUAGAUACCAUCUAGUCUAACCUCCUCCUUUUAUAAAUUAAGAAACUGAAAUUUCCUCAGCUAGUAAAUGUUAAGUAUUGUAACCCAAAUCUCUUGAUUACAACUGUUGAUUACAACAUUUCUUCCACUAUAUCCUGUGACACUCACAUUAAUCUCUUUUUUCUUUAGUUAAUAUAGCUUACAUAUGUUAAAGUACCAGUUGGGGAAAUUUUUUACAUGAGUCAUCAUUGAUUCAAACUUAGGGAAGAGCAUUUAGCCUCUUCCUCUUUCUCUGUAACCAUAGAGCCAGUUCUGAACCAAAGCAUAUUUGAGUUAUGAGCCAAUUUAAACUGCACACAAUAUUGUGUGUAUAUAACCAUCGUGAUAAUAUCCUGCAUCCUGCUCAUACCCCUAUUUUGUCUUUCCAUUGCCUUUUGGGUCACCUGCAAUUUUGAUUGUUCUGAAAUUAGAAUGUUACAUGAGCCAUAUUGUAUCAUUGGAAGAAUAUUCGUGUUAAAAAGGACAGCUUGGGGGCAGCUAGAUGGCUCAGUGGAUAGAGUACUAGCCCUGGAGUCAGGAGAACCUGAGUUCAAAUCCGGCCUCAGACACUUAACACUUACUAGCUGUGUGACCCUGGGCAAGUCACUUAACCCCAAUUGCCUCACUAAAAACAACAAAAAAAGGACAGCUUUUUGCAGCCUAGAAUAGCUUAGGGUCAUUGAUACCACUGCCCAGUUUCCCAAAUUCAGUCUAACCCAAAUUACUUGUCCUUUCUGAUCUUCCUGUUUUGAGAGAAAAAUAAUUUUUUAAAUGCUGUGAGCCACCUGACCUAUAAGUCAUGCUUAUCUUA